UAAACCACAUGAAGAAGAAGCGGUUCGGAGGUCCGGACUCACAGUGGGUCCAUCAUGUUUCUGUGGACUAGCAGGGUUCYCUUACAGACGUGUGUUGUAGCGAACAGACAGCUUCGUGUGGUGAGAAGCAGCUUUACCUGCAGCCAGCUCAGGAGGGUUCAGCUCACAGACAGACGAGGCGCCUUUCAUCCGCUCACCUGUCAGCCGUCCACACCACAGUCCGGCUGGAGGAGCAGAGAACUUCACCUGACUUCAGAAAGAGCGAGGAACCCGACCCAGGUUCAGAUCAGUGAGCUGACAGAGAGAGCCUAUGAGAAGCUGGCAGAUGAGACUCUGGACGCUCUGGCUGAGUAUUUUGAAGACCUGGCAGAUGAAGCUUUCACCGGAUCAGACUACGAUGUGGUCUUCUCUAGCGGUGUGUUGACUGUGAAAGUGGGCGGAGCUUAUGGCACCUACGUCAUCAACAAACAAACGCCCAACAGACAGAUCUGGCUGUCCUCCCCCACCAG